AUGUUACUAAAUGCUACUGUUCAACAUCGUGUUAAACACUAUGAUCUUUUAUUAGCACGUGAAUUAGCAUCAAUUGAACGUGAACAUGAACAAAAUUUAAUAACACAUAAAAAUCUUGAAAAUUCAAUUCGUCGUGAAACAUAUCGAAAGAAAAGUACAUUACCAUUUGAUGAAAUUUAUCAUGAACAAAAUCAAACAUUAGAUUAUCAUAAAAUAAAUAUUUCGACAAAUAAUUAUUUAAAUGAUAAAUCAUCUUCUUCAGUUGUUAGUAGUAUUCAAAAUGAAAGUCAAAUUGAUGAAACAAUACUUCAAAUAUCUUCGAGACAUCAACGACAAUGUUCGAAACUUCAACGUUUACCUCCAAUAAUAAAAGCAAGUUUAUUAAAUCGAUCAAAACAAUCAACUAAUAAUUCACAUUGGAUGGAUCAUUUUCGACCAUUAAAUAAACGAAAAGAAAGUUUUAAUGAUACAUUAUUAGAACUUAAUGAACAAUUAUCAAAAGCAACUUUACCACGAAUAACACCUAUAGAAAAACAAAUUAAUUCAUUUAUGGAAAGUUUACCAACAUAUACAGGUAUUCAAAGAGGUUUUGAUAACUUUGCUCCAUCAUCUCUUUAUUCAAGUCGACCACCGGUUAUUAUGAAAUAA